AUGGAGGUGAAGAAGGGGGCGGCUGCCAUUGCCGCGCUGUGCAUCAUGCUCCUCAUCAUGUCAGUGCCAUCCAAGCAACAGGUGGCCGCCAUGUCCUUCUGCGACUGUUACCAGCAGUGCCACGACGGGUGCAGGCACAGCGUCCCUUGGUGGCUCUGCAACGUCGACUGCGCCAGCAACUGUGACGGAGUUGACAAGAAGGACGCCCUCGCCGCAUGCAUCAUGGUCCGCAGCACGGACUCCAUCUGUGACCCGUCAGUGGCACCAACCUAUACACAUGGUGUUGCGGAUUGUAUAGCUGAGUGCAACAAGAGGUGGGGCAAAAAUUAG